CCAACUUUUCAGUUGACAUGAUAAGAUAAUUGUUGUGUUAUGAUCGUAAUUGUUAUCUUAAUAAACAAGUAUAAAAUUAUCACAUUGCAAUAAGUAUCUCUUAAUCAAAAGAACUGUUGUUAUAAAUGUGAUAACGUGAUACAUAAGUAUCAAAGAAAGUUUUAAUUAAGUUGAUUUUUCUCUUCGUGCACAAAAAUUGUAAUAAUGUCAGUAUCAGUGCAAAAAAUAGUUGAACCUGCAGUGUUAGGAGAGGGUCCACACUGGGAUGAUAAGCAACAGGCUUUGUACUUUGUGGACAUCAAUUCAAAGUCCAUUAAUAAAUAUGUACCCGCUACAGGAGUACAUACCAAGACUUUAUUGGAUGGUCGUGUGGGUUUUAUAGUACCUGUUGAUGGUACAAAUGAUCAGUUUGUUGUUGGUGUUGAGAGGAAAUUCUUGAUAAUCCAAUGGGAUGGUGAGAACAACAGUAAAGUAAAAAUUGUGAAGGAGUUAGGAGAAGUUGACCAGGAUGUACCAACAACAAGAAUCAAUGAUGGAAAAGCUGAUCCUAAAGGAAGGUUGUAUGCAGGUACAAUGGGUCAUGAAGAGCCCCCUGGUAACUUUCUCAUGGAAAAAGGCUCGCUAUACAGAUUGGAUAGACGGGGAAUUGUUAAGAUGUGCAGUAGCAUAAGUAUUUCUAAUGGUCUUGCUUGGGACCUUAGAGAAAAAGCUAUGUACUACAAUGAUUCACCUGAGUGUAAGAUUAGACGGUAUGAUUUUGAUGUGGAUACAGGUGAUAUUUCCAACCUUAAAUACAUCUUUGAUUUCAAGAAAAAUGAUAUCGAAGGUUUCCCUGAUGGCAUGACCAUAGACACGGAUGGUAAUCUGUGGGUUGCCAUCUUCGAUGGAUCAUGUGUCCUUAAAAUAGACCCAAAAGCUGGGUCUGUGUUGCAAAAGAUACCAAUACCAGCCAAGCAGGUCACUUCUGUGACUUUUGGAGGACCAAAUUUGGAUGUACUUUUUGUUACUACGGCCAGUAUGAAUAUAAAAGAAGAACAAAAACCUCCUUGUGGUGCAACCUUUAUGGUGCUAGGUUUGGGUGUUAAAGGUCAUCCUAAUGUCAACUUCAAACUGCCUUAAUUAUUUUCUGGUUAUUUUAGCACUAAAAGACAUAUUUAUAAAGGGUGGUUUAAAUAUCAGCUGCUAUGCUAAAAUGCAGCUAAUUUAUACAAUUAUUUUAAGUACUACUUAUCACUUUCAUAAGCAUUUGCAAUAUUUUUAUAUAUUAUUUUUGAUAUUUAAUAAAACUAUAAGAUAAUUUUUACAUAAUUUAUUUUAUUAACCAAAAACGUAUACUUUUUUACUUUGGAGUGAUAAAAUUUAUCUCAAUUUAUAUAUAGAAAAUCGUAUUUUAGUACCAAAGAAAUGUGAAGUCUUAUUAGAAAAUCAUAAAAGACAUGUAAGGUGCUAAUAUUUAAGUUUUUACAAAUUUUUAUAUAAUAAUAUUAUAUAUAAGUAAAUUUAAAUGCGUAUUCACAUUUUACCCUAUAUACUUCUUUAUAUCA